AUGAGGUCGUCGGUCAGCUGUUGGCUCGUUUUGGCACUGGCGCAUUGGUCCGCCGCCCUGCUGAUGUUUGAUAGAGGUUUAUCGUUUUCCUUUGAUUGAUGAUAAGGAAUCGCCUUGCCUUUUUCGGCGCUGAAUAGUUUAAAAGCGGAAAUGAGAUACAAACAACGUUGACCAUAUUCAUGAGAGACUAGUUUUCAAAUUUAAUGUAGAAGGAAGUUUGGAAAGUCUUCAAUAAAACAAAAAAAUGAGGUGAAGCUCACAAAAAGGUCUUGGAAAACUGCAGAAGCUUUUUUUUCAGCUGUUCAGCCUUUUCUUGUAAAAGGUCUUUAUAUUUGAACUUCUAAAAUUCACGAAAGUUCGCAAUUUUCGUCGUAGUUGGAUUUCUGAACGGUUCUGGAAAGGUUCCUAAAAAGGUCGAAAAAACUUCAUUUCAGCUGCUCUACCUCUUUCUGUUCUUUCUAAUAAAUGUUCUGUUUUUAAAAAACUCAUCUCAGAUAGAAGGCUUUGAGAAUAAACAAAAACAAAAAAAAAAUGCAUUUUUGACAUACUUCAUUAAGGAAAAGGUAACAACUAGUUAAUUCUGAACAGGCUAUUUUUUUCAAACAAAAAAAUUGACUUUUUUUAGGCGUGUCGGGUUGCAGAAAAAUUUUUGAGGAAAGUAGCGAAAAUCGAAACUUUUUCUCCAUUGAUUUCUUUAAAAUUUUUCAAACUUGAGAACAAAUGAGCCAUGAAAAUAAUAAAAACUAUAAAAGACUUUUUUUUUCAGUACAAACGGAAAGCGCCUGCUUGAUGGCAAUGUGCGAAGCCGACUCAGGAUGUGUACCGAUUGGCUGUUCAAUCGACCACUUUGACCGUAUAGGCUGCGGCUAUUUCCGCCUCAACAUUUACCAGUUCAGGGUGAGUUAAAACAUUUUUUUCUCAGGUCAAAAAAAUAAAAUUAUUUAUCUUAAUUGAAACACCAAAAAAAUCAAAUAAUAUUGAAAAAAAUCUUUUUUUCCGAGUUUUCCGUUCUAUUUUUGUGAUUUUUCCAAUACUUUCCAAGUUAUAGUCGGUCCAGAAUCAUCUUUGGCGGUGAAUUUCUACGCAGAGUGAAGAAAUUUUCCAAAAAGGCUACAAAAUGAAAACACAAUGGGAGGUUCAAACCACAGUUCCUCUAUUAAUAACUUCUAGAAUACAGGCUUCACUCGUGUUUGAGCAUCUAAAUUCCUGCCCUGUUGUUAAGAAGCAAUUGAUUCGUAAAAUAAUUUCCAGCAAUGCUACCAGCCGGGAAUGAAAGACGUCGACGACGAGGAAUCGGCCUGGAUUCGUUGCGCCGAAGACUACGAGUGCUCUUCCCAGUGUAUUAAGGUAUAUUUCCGGUUUCGAAAAAAUUUUUUUCUCACAAAUGAUAGGUUAUUUUUUUAUAUACGGUAUAAAGAUGAGUAGUUAGAAUAGAAACAAGAUAAAAAUGCAGUGAUAUAAGCAGAAACGGACAUUGGAAAAAAAUUUUAAAAACGAAAGAAUGAUUCGUAAAAAAAGGACAUUUGAAAGUCAAUACGUUUGACCCACAUAGAUUCAUUGAAGCCGUUAAAAAAAUCGUUUCUAGAAAUUAAUUUAUUCUACAAGAGGCUGUUUUUUUAAAUCUCCCCAAAAAAAUCUUGACUUAAUUUAUUUCCUUUCUUCAAAAGAUAAUCAAAAGACUUAUCUUUAUUUCUUCUAUUGCUUUAUUUUCAUUUAUCCCCUUUGCCACACAGUUCAUGGUCCAAUGAACUUUGCCUACGCACUCAUUCAUUAAUUUUGAAUCAUUCUUCGAAAUUUCCGGUUCACCGGCUAUUUUCUGAAUAUUCUAUCGGAUGACGCUUUCUGCUCGUCGAAAGUAAAUAUACAAAAUUUCUUUUUUUGGACAUUCAAAAGAUCAAAAAUCUAACUCCUAGGUCAUCGAAAACAGUCUGACGAUGAUAUUCGAGUGACCGGUCAAUAUACUUUUUCCUGUUACGUUUUUUUUGAACUGUACUUCCACCUGUGCCAGGAGAGGAAUGAUAAAGACUUCAGAAAAUUGUGAAGUGGCUACAAAAUUUCGUAAUUUUUGAGGAGAAAUCUGAGUGAUUCACUAUACUAUCCAAAAAAAAAACUUUUUAAGCUCAAAGCUUUUUCUUCUAUUCAUUUUCAGAGCAAUCUACAUGUUACUUUGAAUAUUUUAUUGAAUCAUUUUUUUAGCUUUUUCAAAUUAGUAGUGAAAUUGAUCCAAACCGUCUCUGUCCAAAACCGCUUUAAUUUAAAAAAAGAGGCGGUUUCAAAUAUUUCGAUCUGUUUAUAGUUUGCUCUAGUUUAUCUCUAUUACUCUUGAAAAAAGAAAAGAGAUUUCUGAUUAACUUUCACGACUUUGAAACAUGAGUCAUUAUUUUAUGAAUUUAGACGCUGGGAAGCCGAUUCCGUGUCAAAUGUUACGGCAAGAACGAUUGUGAGACUCUGGCGAGGAUCCACGACGGAGGCGCCAAUGGCUGUCGUGACAGGUCCGAGUUUUCUUCUACUCUUGAUAAUCCGCAUCCGACCCAAAACGACUUGCGCGCAAGAGAAUGAAACAUCUCAUCUUCUAACGGCUAGGCGUUCGCGACAUAUUGAGCCAUUCUGCAUGCGACCAUGUUUGAAUCAAUCAAUUUUUUUUUUUCAGAAAAACGAUCGGUUACUGGAAACGCGUGCGGGACAACUGCGGCCCAGAAUGCAACUUGCCAAUCUUCACAAGACAUUUUUAA